GUUCUUAUAAGCAUUAUUCCAAGAAAUGUUAAGAGUCUUCAGACCCUUGUUGUUGUUUUCAAAAAAUAACAAUUUAAAUAGUUGUAUAAGAAUUUCUUGCAAUACCAAAUCUUGUUCACUCUCAAAUUUGUUUUCCCCUUUACCUCGUCUCUGUUCUACAACUUACAAAACCAGUGCAACUGCAUCAAUGGCAACCACUUCUUUGAGUGUUCCGGUGGAGACUCUGCCGCCUGUGCUUGAUUCUACAUCAGAACCACCUUCCGUUUUCGAUGGAACAACGAGGUUGUACAUAUCUUAUGUUUGCCCUUAUGCCCAGCGUGCUUGGAUUACCAGGAACUGUAAGGGAUUGCAAGAAAAGAUCAAAUUGGUACCACUUGAACUAACAAAUAAGCCUGAUUGGUACAAGGAGAAAGUGUACCCUCCAAAUAAGCUACCUGCACUUGAACAUAAUAAUCAAGUGAUAGGGGAGAGUCUUGAUGUGAUUAAAUAUCUCAAUACUAACUUUGAAGGACCUGCACUUCUCCCAAACGAUCCUGCCAAGAGAGAGUUGGCGGAGGAAUUACUAGCCUACACAGGCGAAUUUGGUGGCGGUGUGAUUGGCUCUGUCAUCAAGGGAAACAAAGAUUUUGGUGCUCAUUUUGAUUACCUAGAGGCAGCGCUCUCCAAAUUUCCAGACGGGCCUUUCUUUCUCGGUGAAUUCAGUUUGGCGGAUAUAGCUUAUGCUCCAUUUGUUGAAAGGUAUCAGCCGUUACUAUUGGAUGUUAAGAAGUGUGAUAUCACGACUGGAAGGCCGAAGCUUACAGCAUGGAUUGAGGAGUUGAACAAAAUCGACGGUUACACACAAACCAAAUAUGACCCUGCAGAGCUACUUGCAGCCUUAAAGCGCGUCUUUGGCCUUUGAAGACACUAGUCUGUGCUUGGAAAUCACCCUUAGUCAUAGUUUUUCAGUUGGACGUCUUGUUCAGUCAUAUAAUACUAUAAGUGGUGUAAUUUGUUGCAAGUUCUAGUUAUAUACUCAAAGAAGUACAUAAAUGCAGCCGCAUUUAGCAGUUUAUAUGUAAUUAGUGUUUCAUUUUCCGAUGUUAUAAAUCUGUCUCAUUAUCAAUAAAAUACAAAUUACAUGGUUGAAGCUA